AGCAGCUUUCUUGAUAUUUUAAAGAACUUUCUUUGCAUAGAUUUCCGGAAAUGUAUGGAGGAAACUCUCUGUCUCUCUCUCUCUCUCUCUCUCUCUUGUGUUUUCUCUCACUCUUUCUCCCGGUUCCUUUUCUAACCAAGAAAGUGAGCCGUAUAUUCAAAGCAAGAAAUCCUUUUCACACGCAAACCCAAUAACUAAAAGACCACAUGUCUUUUUAUCACUGGACCAGUAAUUUCUUGAAUAAAACUUAAUCACACCACAUGACACCUGUCUAACUUAUGAACUGUAUAGCAUCCUCUACUUUCUUUGGCUCGGAAUUCAAUUUACCAUAUUUCCCCAAGGAAAAAAAAAAUUCAAUUGACCACUUACAGGGACAACAUGGCUGAAGCUGUAGUUACUGUUAUGCUUGAGAAUCUAAACUCCUUGAUCCAAAAAAAGUUUGGAUUGAUUUGGGGUGUCAAAAAAGAGAUGGAGAAGCUGUCUAGCAUCCUUUUAACCAUCUGUGCUGUGCUUGAAGAUGCAGAGGAGAGGCAGUUAAGAGACAGGGCAAUCAAGAAUUGGCUGCAGAAACUUAAAGAUGUUGCAGAUGAGUUGGAUGACAUUUUGGAUGAGUGUUCAAUGGAGGCAUCACUACUGGAGUACAAAAGGCAGAGCUCUAUAUCAACCCAAAAGGUAAGAGCUUCUUUCUUCUCCUGUUUCAACCCAAAAAAUACUCUGUUUCGUUUCAGAAUUGCAAAACAGAUGAAAGAUGUUUCAGAUAGAUUGGAUGAAAUUGCUAAUGAGCGAAUGAAAUUUCACUUGCGUGAGGUUGUCCAGGAAAGACAUCUCCAAGUAAGAGACAAACGCCAAACUGGCUCCAUUGUUAAUGAGAAACAUGUGUAUGGAAGAGAUGAAGAUAAAGAUAAGAUUGUGGAGUUUUUGGUAGAUAAUUCAAGAAGUUCCAAAGAUCUGUCUGUCUAUCCUAUUGUGGGCAUGGGGGGCAUGGGAAAGACUACCCUUGCUCAGCUGGUGUUCAAUGAUGAAAGGGUUAGUAGGAGUUUUGAUAUUAAAAUAUGGGUAUGUGUUUCUGAGGACUUUGAUGUCAAAAGAUUGAUAAAAGCUAUAAUAGAAUCUGCCUCUGAAAAUGCUUGUGAUGCUUUGGACAUGGAUCCUCUGCAGAAACGCCUCCAGAAGAUGUUGGAAAGGAAGAAAUUUUUAAUUGUUUUGGAUGAUGUGUGGAAUGAAGACCAAGAGCAAUGGGAAGGAUUAAGAAAUGUAGUUGCUUGUGGACUAAAUGGUUCUUCGAUUGUAGUCACCACUCGUCUUAAAAAGGUUGCAUUGAUUAUGGGAACAGUUCCAAUGCAUCAGCUGUCUGUUUUAUCCGAAGAUGAUUGCUGGUUAUUGUUCAAGCAACGCGCAUUUGGUAAUGAAAGUGAAGAGCGACCAAAUCUUGUAAAAAUUGGGAAGGAGAUUGUGAAGAAAUGCAAGGGAAAUCCACUAGCUGCAAAGACUUUAGGAAGCUUAAUGCGCUUCAAAAGUGAGGAAAAUGAGUGGCUUUUCGUUAUGGAAAGUGAACUUUGGAAUCUUCCACAAGAAGAAACUUCCAUCCUGCCAGCAUUAAGACUAAGCUACUUUUAUCGACCUACAGAAUUACGGCGUUGUUUUGCUUAUUGUGCCAUAUUUCCCAAGGAUUUUGAAAUAGAGAAGGAACAAUUAAUUCAUCUUUGGAUGGCUAAUGACCUUAUAUCUGUAAAGGGAAACAUGGAAGUAGAAGAGAUUGGCAAUGAGAUAUGUAAGGAAUUAUAUUGGCGAUCAUUCUUUGAAGGUGUUCAGAGCAACAAUGAUGGAUUUGACAACAUUUAUAGAUUCAAGAUGCAUGAUCUAGUGCAUGAUCUAGCUCAAUGUAUUAUGAAGGACCAAGCACGUGUUGUAGAAAUUGAUUGCCCUGUUAAUUUGUCAAGAGCUCGUCAUGUGAUAUUUAAUUACUCUGACCAAUCAUUUGACAUGCUUUUUGCUUUUCACAAUGUAGAAUCCUUGCGUACUUUAAUGUUGACAAGGCAUUGUCCCUUCAGAAUUGAAGCACGCAAGUUUCCUUGUCGCUUGUAUUUUCCCUCUUUACGAGCUUUUGAUGCAAAAAAUUCUAUGUUGACAUCCAUAUCUUUUCUAACCAAUACUUCCAAACAUCUUCGGUAUUUGAAUAUUUCACAUACUUAUAUUAGAAUCCUUCCCAAGUCAAUUUGUUUUUUACAAAGUUUACAGACUUUGGAUGUAAGUUGUUGUCUUAAUCUUCAAAAGCUGCCCAAGCAAAUGAGUCGCUUAAGAAGUCUUCGUCAUCUUCAUAUUUUUGGUUGUUCUUUGUUGCGUCACAUGCCUCCUAACAUUGGGAAACUAACUUGCUUAAGAACUUUAAGCAUUUUUAUUGUUGCUGGGAGAAGAGGAAAUGAUGUAGAUGAAUUGGGAAAUUUAAACCUUCAUGGUAGUUUAAGUAUCAAAAACCUUGAGGAAGUGAAAAGUCCAAUGGAAGCCAAAAAAGCCAAUCUAGCUGGAAAAAUGAAUCUGAAAUGCUUGGAAUUGUCAUGGGACAGAAAUGAAAAGUCUCAAGUGAUCAUAGAGCAGGUACUUGAAUCUCUUGAACCUCCCCCAAGUAUAAAAUUUUUGGAUAUUUCAAAUUUUGGAGGCAGGCAUUUCCCUCAGUGGUUCAAGAAUAGUGCAAUCUAUGAAAAUUUAGUCAAUAUAGGUUUCACUGGUUGUAAAAACUGUAUGGAACUUCCUACAGGCCUGGGGAAACUUCCAUCUCUAACAUCUCUUCGAUUAUCUGGUAUGGAUUUAGUGCGGUAUGUAGAUAAUGAAUACUAUGGUGGAGAGCUAGAGGGAGGUUUCUUGCACUUACAACGUCUCUUGAUUACUGACUCACCAAAUUUAGAAAGGUUGUCCAAGGAGGAAAGAAGGACGGACUUUUCAUGCCUAUCUUCUUUGCACAUUGAGAAAUGCCCUAAAUUGACAUUACCCUGUCUUCGGUCAAUCAAAGAAUUGACAAUAUGGGGAUGCAGUGAGGCACUGUUAAGAACAGUUUCAAAUCUGCAUACUCUAACAUCACUUGAAAUAUGUGAUAAUGAUGAUUUGGCUUCCUUUCCUGAUGGGUUCCCACAAAAACUUACCACUCUCCAGUCACUUACGAUUAAAAGAUUCAGCAAGCUUCAAGAUUUGCAAUCUGAUAUGCUAAUUGGGUUAAGUUCUUUGGAAAGUUUAACUAUUACUUCUUGCCAUAUGCUCGAGUGCUUUCCGGUGGAAAUAUUUCGAGGCUCAUAUAGUCUUAAAAGUAUAUAUGUUGAAGAUUGUAUCAAGUUCAAAAGUUUGUCCACUAGUUUUGGAGACCUUACCGCCCUUGAGUUUUUGGAACUUAGAGGUUGUCCAGAGUUGGAAGCUUUCCCAAAUGGUCUUAACAAUCUUUCUUGCCUCAAAAGUCUGAUGCUAUCAGGGUACAGCACCUAUCGAGAUGAUGGUUCACAAAAUCUGAGUGUUCCUCAUCCUAAGUUGACAACUUUGCCUGAGGCCUUACAGCAUCUCCCUUCCCUCCAACAUAUGAGUAUAUGGGGGUUUCCAAAUCUUGAAUUGUUGCCUGACUGGCUUGGAAACUUAACAUCUCUUCAUUUAUUCGAUAUAUCUAAUUGUCCAAAGUUGGAAUGUCUACCAACAACUAUCCAAGACCUCACCAACUUACAUACCUUGGAAAUUAGAAGUUGCCCUAAAUUAGCAGAACGAUGUGAAAAGGAAAUUGGAGAGGACUGGCACAAGAUAGCUCACGUUCCACGUGUUGCUGUAUGGGAUCUAAGCCACCAACGGCCAAUACAAGAAGAGACUAUGAAUUGUUGCUUCAAGUUGAGGAAACUGUUAAUAAAACUCCUGGCGAUGCUGCUUCUGCAUUUUAAAAGGCAGAGGAUGUGGUUAGCAGCAUGCUUGCUAAGGCCUUUUAUCUUUGGUAAACAUAUGCAGCCAACCAGUCAAACAGCUUUCAUGACAAACACCAGUCAUCCUCGACAGCCUCAGCCAAAGCUGGAUUCUUUUGGACCAUUGGUUCACUGAGAAAAUAUGUGUCGGAACUUCAUUGGUCAGUGACAAAGUUCGUGAACUGGAGUAAGAAAUUUAAAAGUUUUGGGAAUAAAACUGAAUUAUAUUUGGCAGCUGCUCAGCAGAUAGUUUAGUGGUGCAGCGGAUAGUUCAGUGGUGCUGCAACAAAGAAUGUUGUUAUUGAAGCCUCUCGUGUUACAGGUGCUUUCAACAAGCUUAUGAAAAAAGCCAGCCAGAAGAGAAAGGAGAAAGCGGGAAUGGUCGAAGGGGAAGAAAAGAGGGAAAUGGUAAAUAAAAAUGCUGAAAGUUUAAUCCUGUCAUAUAGGCUUGUACCGUAAAUACCCUUUUAACAUCAAUAAGUUUUAUUUAUUUGUUUAUUUAUUUUUAUUUUUUGUUCUUCUAGCCUAAAAGUGUUAAAGAGUUUGGGGCAUUUUUCCUCAACCGGUUGAACAUGUUUGUAGUUUGCCUAGACUUUUUUUGAGGUAAUUUGAUAAUCAUCAUCUAGUGGAUCGCCAAAGUAUCUAUAUCAAGAGAAUCUUACUCCUUUAUUUUUA